AUGAUUGCUUGGGUUAAGAAAAGGUCAGCUAAGUUGGAAAGGGACAUAUUCGUGACAGUCGGAUUCUAUAGGGAAAAAAGAGAAAUCCUUAUUUCUAUGACAUUGUGGGAUAAUAACUUACUUAUCGAUUACAGCAAUGAUAUCUUAAGUCCAGUGUGGGUACGAGUACCACGUCCUUCUCUGGUUGGAAGUGCUGGUUUACCCAUAUACAAUGUGAGGUGA